AUGGUCAUAGACGCUGGUAAACAGGAACUCACCUCGAUUCGAGACAACGGUGGACCUAAAGAACUGGGACAUGGAAUCAGGGCCGACUUUGCCUUUGAGCCCGGAUGGAGGAAUCUCAACCACGGAUCUUACGGAACGGUGCCGCACGCCAUCCAGGCCAGAAGACAUCACUACAUGAACAUGUACGAGGCGAAGCCAGACCACUUCAUCAGGGUGCGACUGCCUGAGCUGCUGGAUGAGUCGCGUGCGGCGGUGGCCGAGCUGGUCAACGCUCCAGUGUCGGAGGUGGUGUUUGUGAACAAUGCGACCGAGGGGGUCAACACGGUGCUGCGCAACCUGGAGUGGAACAGCGACGGCAAGGACACCAUCGUCCACUUCAGCACCGUGUACGACGCGUGCGCGCGCGCAGAGGACUUCGUGUCGGACUACUCUGGCAGAGUAGGCGUUCGGGAGAUCCAGCUCGACUACCCACUCGAGGACGGGGAGAUCAUCACGUUGUUCCGGGACGAGGUGCGCAGGUUGCAGGAAGAGGACCACAGGAGGGCGCGGGUGGCGCUGUUCGACGUGGUCUCCUCUAAUCCGGGCGUGCGGUUCCCCUGGGUGCAGAUGGUGGCGGCGUGUCGCGAGCUGGGUGUGACGUCGCUCGUCGACGGUGCGCAUGGUGUGGGCAUGGUGCCGCUGGACCUCUCGGCUGCGGACCCGGACUUCUUCGUGUCAAACUGCCACAAGUGGCUGCACACGCCGCGCGGGUGCGCCCUCUUCUACGUGCCGCUGCGCAACCAGCACCUGCUGCCCAGCACGCUGGCCACGGCCCGCGGGUACGCGCCCCGCCGGGACAACGGCGGCAGGCGCACGCAGCCGCUUCUGAUUCCGCACGACGGCAAGAGCCACUUCGAGCGCAACUUCGAGUGGGUCGGCACCCGAGACGACUCGCCCUACCUGUCCGUCAGGGACGCCAUCGCCUGGCGGAAGCACGUCCUCGGCGGCGAGGACAGGAUCAUGGCCUACAUGACCGACCUGAGCAGGAGGGGCAUCAGGGUCGUCGCCGACGCCCUCGGAACGGACUACCUCGAUAAUAAGGCCGGCACGAUGACCGACUGCGCCAUGGCCAAUGUGGCCCUGCCCAUAUGGGUAGGCGAGAAGGGGAGGGUCAGGGCCGGGCCGGGGGAUAUCGUCGUAUCCGAGGAGGACGCGCCCGUUGCCUUUCACUGGAUCAACGACACCAUGUUUGACGAGUUCCACACGUUCAUGGCUGUGAGUGUCAGGUGGGAUCGCUUCUGGGUCAGGCUGAGCGCCCAGGUGUACCUCGAGUUGGAGGACUAUGAGUGGGCUGGCGGGGUGUUGAAGGAAUUGUGUAGGCGUGUUGGGGAAGGGGAGUUUAAAAAAAUUGAUUAG